CUCGUAAAUCGCAUUAAUGGCCGCGAGCUACGUAAAUACAGCACUUUAUCAGUAUCGGCAUUAGAACCGGCCUCGGAGACACCAGCGAGCGCCAGGUGAAAGUCUCAGACGCACACUUGGCUUCCAGUUACAAAGACGUCAACCGAACAUUAAGUCGGCUUGCGAUUUCGUCGCCGAUUAUCGCGGAUAAAUAAACAAAUAAGUGCGGUCAUUUUAUGCGCAGACGCAUCGUGCGGUACCAAGACGCUCGAGUUGUUCUGGGCCGAACGUCUGAUAGUGUUGCGCGGAGGCGCGAAAUCUGCGCCAGCGCACUACCCGCCUCAGUCACUUAUAAUGUUGACAACGUACGCCAUCGUCUUCCUUGCGGCGAGCGCGAUCGCCGCUAACAACCUCCAAACUCUGGAAUCUGAUAAUAACAACACACUACCUGCCGAACAAUAUUUUAUUGAUAAGAUUUUCAACAAAUAUGGAGACAAAGGAGUCAUCAGUUUUGAGGGUUUCGAGCAUCUCCUGCACAGCCUGGGGCUCGGUGGGCAAGUAUUCACUUCCCCGCACGACAUCGCCCUGCACCGAAUCAACGGCACAUUCCGGCAGAUCCACGAUACACAGCACCGACAUAAAAGAUCUCCGUCAACAACAACACCUAUUCUGAAAAAACCAUGCCUGUCACCGAGGGAAAUACUAGAAGCUUACGGAAUGGAAAGCGAGCCAGGCGUUAUAAAUAUAAGACCGAAGACAUUUUUAGAAAUGUGCCCUGCACUUGUUUACCAAUUAGACCAAAGAACCUGUUACAAGACCGAAGCACCGUCCCCGAAGCUCGAUCGAGUCUGGACAUGGAUAUAUGCCUCAUUGAGUAUUCUGGUCAUAAGUGCAACGGGACUAUUGGGCGUAGCUAUAGUACCGAUGUUGAAAUCGGUAAUAUUUAGUCACGUAAUACAUUUUCUGGUAGCAGUAGCAGUAGGAACUCUAUGCGGAGACGCACUGCUACAUUUGAUGCCCCACGCUCUCAAAUCGCACGGAACACCGAAUGAGCCUCAGGAAGAAACCGAAGUCAUCCUCAAGUGCAGCGUAACAUUUCUCACUAUUCUCUUGUUUUAUUCGGUCGAAGCGAUCAUGCAAACUCUCAACGGAGGUCACGCCCACUCCCACGAUGCCCCAAGUAAAUCUGUUGAAGAAAUGAAAGUGGAAUCUACAAAGCAGGUAGAGGCAAUAGAGCUUGGUGCAAUGAUGCCUGGAUCGCCUCCACCGCCUGUAGAACGUCCGAUGACAUCUACUGCGCUCAUGGUUAUCGUUGGUGAUGGGUUACACAAUUUAACUGAUGGUCUUGCGAUAGGUGCAGCAUUUAGUGGCGAUCCCGUGACAGGAUUCGCCACAGCACUCGCAGUAUUCUGCCAUGAACUACCCCACGAAUUAGGAGAUUUUGCAGUAUUAUUACGUUCUGGUAUGAGUAUUAGGCGAGCUUUGUAUUACAACUUGCUCUCAUCAGCUCUCAGUUUUAUGGGAAUGGCGGGUGGAAUUUGGCUUGCUGAGGAUCACGAAUCAGCCUCACAAUGGAUUUACGCAGCAACGGCUGGAACGUUCUUUUAUAUCGCUUUGGCGGAUUUGGUGCCAGAACUGAAUGAAAACAAUAAAGGGAAAAGUGUUCAUUUGAUGCUUGCAAUCCUCGGUUUUCUAACCGGUGGAAUAAUUAUGCUGCUAAUAGCACUUAACGAGGAUGCCAUACAAUACCUUUUCCGAAAUUCGGAACAAUAGAUGUUUAAUUAAGUAUAGCGUACUGUGUUAUGUGAUAACUAUCAGUACCUUCUCAUGGUUGUUCAAAUAGUUUUGUCAUAGUACUAGUAUUCGGUUAAGUCGAUAAGUUAACUUAAAUAACUACUACACGAAUUAACUGCUCAA